AUGACUCAAACACAACAUUCGGAUCCCUUUGCGACUCUAUUACUACCCAUCAUCCUCAAGAACCCUGCUGAAUGCUACAAGCCUUACAACGUUGAAUCUCACAACACACUCCUCAAAAUGCCUUCUCUCACUAUCGGCGUUCUGGCUCUUCAAGGCGGCUUCCAUGAACAUGUCCAGCUCGUACGGAAGGCCGCCGUCUACCUCGCUACGGCCGAGUCUUCGGUGCCAAGCCCGAGACCCGAGAUCGCUGCCAUCGAGGUCCGCACCGAGGCAGAGCUCCGUAGUUGCGAUGCCCUCAUCAUUCCAGGCGGAGAGAGCACAACCAUCUCGUUUAUCGCGGCGCAGUCCGGGUUGAUGGAACCCCUCAAGGAAUUCGUCAAAGUCGACCGUAAGCCAGUCUGGGGAACCUGCGCCGGCGCCAUCCUUCUCGCUGAUGAGGCAAAUGCCACCAAGAAGGGCGGCCAAGAGCUCAUCGGCGGCCUGGGCGUUCGCGUCCACCGCAACCACUUUGGUCGACAAAUUGAGAGUUUCGUCGCGGACCUAGACCUGCCCUUCCUGACGCAGGGCGACGGCAACACGAAAACGGCGUCAUCCCCUUACCCUGGCGUCUUCAUCCGCGCCCCAAUCGUUGAGGAGAUCCUCUCCACCGAGGCGGGCGAGAAGGGCGACAAGCCGGCCUCCUCGGCUGUCGAGGUCCUUGCCGUUCUUCCGGGGCGAAAGAACAAGGCCGCUGAAGGCGUCAGCCAGAGCACUGCGGACGACUCGGUCGGUGAUAUUGUCGCUGUGAGGCAGCGCAAUAUCUUUGCCACGAGUUUCCACCCUGAGCUCACUGACGAUGUCCGCAUUCACGUUUGGUGGUUGGAGCAGGUGAUGAAGGCUGCGGCACCGACAUCAUCUGCAUGA